GCUGCAUGAAGCGUGUUCGAAUUGUGACGAAAAAUUACACAGACCUUUCCUGUCUCGGUGUUGUCUUUAAAAGGCUGUCGGGCUUGAAAGCGUGUGUCUUGCUGUUGAACGUAACCGGGUCGUCUUGAGAAAGCGUGUUGCGGUGGUUCUUUAAGGCGGCUUGUGGAGCUGCUCUCUAGUUUGCAGGCCGCGAGCAAGCACUGCACAGCGCCGCACGCGGGAGGCCUUUCCCCGCGCGCAGUGACUUGACUGAAAAGAGUGCCCCUUGUUUAGAUCCCCAUCAUGGCAGAUCCAGAUCUUGAUUUCACCAGCGGAGAUGCCGGGGCUUCAACCACUUACCCCAUGCAGUGCAGCGCCCUGCGUAAGAACGGAUUCGUGGUGCUGAAGGGUCGUCCCUGCAAAAUUGUCGAAAUGUCCACUUCUAAAACUGGCAAGCAUGGUCAUGCAAAGGUUCACAUGGUUGGAAUUGAUAUUUUCACAAAUAAGAAGUAUGAAGAUAUCUGCCCCUCCACCCACAACAUGGACGUGCCUAACACCAAAAGAAAUGACUACCAGGUGGUUGACAUAACCGAGGGGUUCCUCUCUCUUAUGAUGGACAAUGGUGACGUGCGUGAGGACUUGCGUGUGCCAGAAGGUGACCUGGGCAAAGAAAUCGAAAGCAAAUUUGCAGCUGGUGAAGAGAUGUUGGUUACUGUGCUUUCAGCUAUGGGCGAAGAAUCUGCAGUGGCUGUCAAACCCAUGACCAAAUAGGAAGAGAGACUGGGCUGCUCAGGCUGCAACAUGCUACACUUUAACAAAUCUCUUGCAUUUGUUUUUUUGUUUUUAUUUGUCACCAAAGCUAUGGCCUUCACAAGCAACCUCAAAUUUUUUGUUGUGAUUGUAUUCCUUUUUUCUUCUCCUUCCAAUACUGUGCUGGACUUGUCGGGUCAGUUGGCAUUCUCUCGGGUAAGAGGUUUAAUAAUGUCAGUGUUUACCCCCUCAACCUCCCCCUUUUCCCCCCUUAAGUUUUUACCACUUACAUUCCUGAAUGUUAAAUGAUGGGAUCCAUUUAUCCUUUCUUGUAUUCUUGAAUUUCUUAAGUAAUUAGUGUGCAGGAUUUACGCAAGGUGUUGCGAAGAGAGGAAACCCCCAACUGACACUGAACUUUUUUUUUUUUUCCUCCUUCUCCCUCUUUGGGUGCCAUACUUUUACUUUUUCUCCUUACAUGAUCUAUGCCAUGCUGGCACUAUAGUUAAUUCUUCUCAAUUGAAUGCCCUCCCCCCAAAGUGAGAUGCACACUGGUAGUUGGCACUUCCUUGUACCUGCAGUACUUUAAAAGUACCUUCUCAAGUAAUACCGCUAUGACAGAGAAAUAAACUCCAGCAAAAUGUCCCCUUAAAUGCCAGUCUCUAAUUGUUCAGAAGUGGAAAGGAUGUGAUGGCCAUGUGCGAAUACCUCUGUAACACAAUAGCAGCCAGCUUGAUUUUGGCUGUCAUUGAUGACCUUAAAUAAAGUGUUGAAGCCUGUAUUUGUCUCCAGGUAGGCUCUUAUCAGUGCUGCUCCAGAAUGAGCUUGAGGACUAAAUCUUUGUGAGUUCUAAUCUUCCUUUGUUUACUCGAGGCCUUUGUCACCUUGACUGGAGAGAGCAAAAAAUAAAAACUUAAUAGAUCCAGAA